GGUUUACGGUUACCACGGGAGACCGAGGGAAGCUACAGGCUCUGAGCGCUCAAGUCAGCCAUCAUAAGCUGCGAAACGUCGAUUUUCAAGUGUUUUCCAAUAUAUCUGCAAGCGUUGCAUACUCUAAAUGCAGCGAAUUUCCGAGGCUAUAAAGUUAUGAAUGUCUCUAGCAGACAGUAACAGCUAACGGCACUUAACGGUAGCUGCUAACUAGCUAAGUGCACUGUCUGAGCUAACUGUGUGCUAACGCUGCAUUCAUCUUACAGAGACUAAAUGCUGAAGGUUGAAAAGUUUCGUGUGUUUUUUAUCUGUGCAGUGUAACAUGUUUAUCUACCUCAGCAAAAAAAUCGCUAUUCCCAACAACAUCCAUCUAAAAUGUGUGUCCUGGAACAAAGAUCAGGGCUUCAUUGCUUGCGGAGGAGACGAUGGUCUUCUGAGAGUAUUGAAGCUGGAAACACAGACAGAUGAUGCUAAACUCAAAGGUCUUGCUGCACCCAGCAAUCUGUCAAUGAACCAGACUCUAGAGGGACACAGUGGUGCGGUGCAAGUGGUCACAUGGAAUGAACAGCAUGAAAAGCUGACGACCAGUGAUCAGAAUGGACUCAUCAUUGUGUGGAUGCUUUACCGAGGUGCAUGGUACGAGGAGAUGAUCAACAACAGGAACAAGUCAGUAGUGAGGAGCAUGAGCUGGAAUGCAGAUGGGCAGAAGAUCUGUAUUGUGUAUGAAGAUGGGGCAGUCAUUGUUGGAUCUGUCGAUGGAAAUCGGAUUUGGGGGAAGGAACUAAAGGGAAGCCAGCUUGCUCAUGUGGCGUGGUCGCCCGACAGCAAGAUCCUCCUUUUUGGCAUGGCCAGUGGGGAAGUACACAUCUACGACAAUCAAGGAAACUUCAUAAUGAAAAUGACCGUCAGCUGUCUCGCCAAUGUGACUGGAGCUGUCAGUAUAGCAGGUAUCCACUGGUAUGCAGGAAGUGGGGGUUACAUUGAGCCAGACUGUCCAUGUCUUGCCAUCUGUUUUGAUAAUGGAAGAUGCCAAGUCAUGCGUUAUGAAAGUGAUGAAAACCCAGUGUGUAUCGAUACUCUGAUGAACGUGGUCAGUAUCCAGUGGAACCACUGUGGCAGUGUGCUAGCGGUGGCAGGUUCCCUUCGAGCCACAAUGGACAAAGAAUUCAAUGUGGUGCAGUUCUACACUCCAUUUGGAGAGCAUCUUAGAACUCUCAAAAUGCCUGGGAAGCAGAUGUCAGGAAUUGCCUGGGAGGGAGGAGGGCUGCGUAUUGCCCUGGCUGUGGAGUCUUUUAUCUAUUUUGCCAACAUUAGACCAGAUUAUAAGUGGGGCUACUGCUGCAGCACGGUGGUGUACGCCUACACAAAGCCAGAACGCCAAGAGUACUGUGUGGUAUUCUGGGACACCAAAAACAAUGAGAAGUUUGUCAAGUAUGUCAAAAGCUUGAUGUCCAUCACCACUUCUGGGGACUUCUGCAUCCUGGCUAGCAAGGCAGACGACACCCAGCCUCAGGAGGAUGCUGAGGUAGAAUCUGCGAGUCAUGCGAGGUAUGUCCUGAUUUUGUUCAACUCCAUCGGGACACCACUGGACUCAAAAUACAUCAACAUCGAGCCACUCUUUGUUACCAUGACUAAGACGCACGUUAUCGCUGCAUCCAAAGAAGCUUUCUACAUAUGGCAGUACAGAGUGGCCAAAAAACUGACUGCCCUGGAGAUCAACCAAGUGACCAGAACAAAGAAGGAGGGAAGGGAAAGGGUCUAUCACAUUGACAGCACUCCUUCUGGAGCCAGUGACAACAGCCUAGAUUUCACAAAAGCCUUCCCAGCAACUCGAGAUCCCAUCUGUUGCAUUACAGCUACAGAUAAGACCCUGAUUGUGGGUCGUGAGUCUGGCACGCUCCACAAAUACAGUCUCCCAAAUGUAGUUCUCAUCCAGAAAUACACGUUGAGCAACAGAGCCCAUUAUCUCUCCUUAAACUGCAACUCAAGUCGUCUGGCCAUAAUCGACAUCGCGGGCAUAAUGACUCUGUUGGACCUGGAAGUUCAUGCCUCCACAGACAACGGCACAGGAAACCAGGCAUCCACAGGAGAUCCAUCUAAGUUUGAGCGCAAAGAUGUUUGGGACAUGAAAUGGGCGAACGACAACCCUGAUCUGUUCGCUAUGAUGGAGAAGACCAGGAUGUAUGUUUUUAGGAACUUAGACCCAGAGGAGCCCAUCCAAACAUCUGGAUACAUCUGCAACUUUGAGGACCUGGAAAUCAAAUCUGUCUUGCUUGAUGAAAUCAUGAAGGAUCCAGAGAGGCCCAACAAAGACAACCUCAUCAACUUUGAAAUCCGCUCCCUGAGAGACAGUCGGGCACUGAUUGAAAAAGUGGGCAUUGAAGAAGCUUCACAGUUCAUUGAAGACAAUCCACAUCCAAGACUCUGGCGCCUGCUGGCUGAGGCAGCCCUCCAGAAACUGGACCUGAAGACGGCCGAGCAGGCCUUUGUCCGCUGCAAAGACUAUCAGGGCAUUGAGUUUGUUAAGCGGCUGGGAAACCUGCAGAGCGAGCCCAUGAAACAGGCAGAAGUGGCAGCUUACUUCAGCAGAUUUGAGGAAGCUGAACGCAUGUACCUGGAUAUGGAUCGCAGGGACCUCGCCAUCAGCCUCAGGAUCAAGCUAGGAGACUGGUUCAAGGUGCUGGCCCUGCUCAAAAGUGGUUCUGGGGAUAGUGACGAUGCUCUGCUUGAACAGGCCAACAAUGCCAUCGGAGACUACUAUGCUGACAGACAGAAAUGGGUCAGUGCUGUGCAGUAUUACGUUCAGGGUCGUAACCAGGAGAGGCUCGCUGAGUGCUAUUACAUGUUAGAGGACUACGACGGCCUUGAACGACUGACCAUUGCUCUGCCAGAGAAUCAUAAGCUGUUACCGGAGAUUGGACAGAUGUUUGCUACAGUGGGCAUGUGCGAACAGGCUGUGAAUGCCUACUUGAAGUGCAGCCAGCCCAAAGCUGCUGUCGACACGUGUGUCCAUCUGAACCAGUGGAACAAAGCAGUGGAACUGGCCAGGACGCACAACAUGAAGGAGAUUAAAUCUCUUCUCUCCAAAUAUGCUUCACAUCUUCUGGAGAAGAAUAAAACUCUCGAGGCGGUGGAGUUGUAUCGGAAAGCUCACCAUUUUCUCGAUGCAGCCAUGCUCAUGUUCAAGAUAGCAGAUGAGGAGGCAAAGAAAAGGACGCGACCUCUGAGGGUGAAGAAGCUCUACGUGCUCGCAGCACAUCUUGUUGAAGAUUACCACAAGCAGGUGAAAAUGUCACAGCAGAGCAAAGGCAAAGGAAAGAAAGUGGAGGCGACACAUGCACUCGCUAGCCUGCUGGAGGAAGAUGCAACAUCCACAGACAAUCGCAUCGUGGGCAACGCCUGGCGAGGAGCGGAGGCAUAUCACUUCUUCCUACUUGCUCAGAGGCAGCUGUAUGACGGCUACUUGGAGAAUGCUAUGCGCACAGCACUUCACCUGCGUGAAUAUGAGGACAUGAUCCCUCCUGUAGAGAUCUACUCUCUGCUUGCUAUCUGCGCUGCAGCCAACAACGCCUUUGGUACUUGCUCCCAGGCCUUCAUCAAGCUGGAAUCCCUGGAGAGUCUCGAUCCUGAACAGCGGCAGCUCUAUGAGGAUCUGGCCUUGGAGAUCUUCACUAAGCACACCCCAAAGGAUAGCCGCAUGAUCGAGCUGGACGGGUCAUCAGAGGGGAUGGAGGAAAAAUUUCGCACCUGCAUCGUGACAGGUCUGCCUGUCCAGGAGUACCACUUUUGGAUCUGCAGUAUGUGCAAACACUGCGCUCAUGAUCAGGAAAUCAGCAAAUACAACUGCUGCCCACUGUGCCACACUCCUAUACCGUGAAAGGAGAAUAAAACAUGAGAAGAGAAAGUUAUUUUCAUACAGAGCAGAGAGAUUUCAAAGCAUUUUACCUAUUUUCAGGCUCACAGUUCAGAGUUAAAUUUCCUGAACAGGCAGCUACAUGAAAGCUACCAAAACAAGCAUUUAAACUCUCAUAGUCAGCAAUGAACAGUUCCAGUACAUGUGUCAUUAAAGAUUUACCUUAAUGUACUGCAUUACCAUAAUUGAUGUAAAAUGAUUGAGAACUUUUUAAUUAUUUUUGCUUAAAUAA